CAGCCCGCGAGGGCGGAAGUGAGGCGCUGCUGCGCGGAGGUGGGGGUCGCUGCGCUUGCUGUCGGUGAGUGGGCUAGCGGCCGACAUGGCGCCCUCCGGGAGUUCCGUGGUCCCAGUGGCAGUGCUGCUGCUGUUGCUUUGGGGGGUCCCCUGGACCCACGGGCGGCGGAGCGACGUGCGAGUCAUCACGGACAAGAACUGGAAAGAGUUGCUGGAAGGAGAGUGGAUGAUAGAAUUUUAUGCUCCGUGGUGUCCCGCUUGUCAGAAUCUUCAACCAGAAUGGGAAAGUUUUGCUGAAUGGGGAGAAGAUCUUGAGGUCAAUAUUGCAAAAGUAGAUGUCACAGAGCAGCCAGGACUAAGUGGACGAUUUAUCAUAACUGCUCUUCCUACUAUUUAUCAUUGUAAGGAUGGUGAAUUUAGGCGCUAUCAGGGCCCAAGGACUAAGAACGACUUCAUAAACUUUGUGAGUGAAAAAGAGUGGAAGAGUAUUGAACCUGUUUCAUCAUGGUUUGGUCCAGGUUCUAUUUUGAUGAGUAGUAUGUCAGCACUCUUUCAGCUGUCUAUGUGGAUCAGGACUUGCCAUAACUAUUUUAUUGAAGACCUUGGAUUACCAGUUUGGGGAUCAUAUACAGUGUUUGCUUUAGCAACUCUGCUUUCAGGACUAUUAUUAGGACUUUGCAUGAUAUUUGUGGCAGAUUGCCUUUGUCCUUCAAAAAGGCGCAGACCUCAGCCAUAUCCUUCCAAAAAAUUAUUACCAGAAUCUUCUCAACCUUUGAAAAAAGUGGAGGAGGAACAAGAGGCCGAUGAAGAAGAUGUUUCAGAAGAGGAAGCUGAAAGCAAAGAAGGAACAGACAAAGACUUUGCACAGAAUGCCAUAAGACAACGUUCUGUGGGUCCUUCAUUGGCCACAGAUAAAUCCUAGUUAAUAUUUGCAAAUAUUUUCAUAUGAUUUUGGCAAAAACAGAAGAUGAUUUUCUUUUGGUUUGAAGUGAACUAUGACUUGCUUAUACAUUACAGGAUUCAGUCUAGAUUGUCAUCAGAUUGAACAGUCUACCUAUGAAAAAUGGAAGUAGCACUACUAAGAAAGUUUGAAAUAGGAUUUAAGAACAAUAUGGUGGUUCAAACUGUUCUUUAAUUUUUGAAAAAUCUGGUGCCAAGCAAUACGAUUUCUGUAUGUUUGUUUAGUAAUAACCUUUUCAAAUCUAAAUUGAAUAAUUACCCAACUAUUGCAUUAUUGAGAUAUUUAAGGAGACUAGAGAAAAAGAUUUCUCAUUUGAUACAAUUUUUCUCAGUUUCACUGUGUGAAAAAAAAGAACAUAUUUCCCAUAAAUGGGAACUUUGCCCACUGUCUCAAGAAAUGUGUAUUUCAGUGACAACUCUUGUUCGUUUUAGAGUCCAAAAUUUCUUCAUAUUUUUAGAUUAUGCAACUAAUAAAAACUACUUUACAGUUUUCUACACAUGAUAAUACAGGAUAUGUUUAGGGAAUUUUUUUUAAAAGUCCAUGGUAUUGUCUUGAUUCCUAUAAAGGUUGAUUGCCUUUUUUCUUCUCCUCUGUUCUUCAUACCAUGGGUUACAUUUUUCAUUUUCCAAAUUGGAUAAUUUCCGGGGAAUGUUUUUCAUAUUUUAAUAAGUAGUAGUACUUUUUUUUGUUGUUUCAAACUAAAGUUUACUGAGGGAUCCUUAAAACUGAAGAGCUGUCUACUGAUAAUUUAAAAUCUUGGCCACUUGUCUCAGAUUUUACAUCAUUCUUGUUGAACCUCUACUUGAACUUUUUUUUCUGGACGUGAAGGUGAACAUUCAUUUGAUUUUGUGGAAAAGCCUUGGUAUUUUACAUUUUGAAAGUUAACAGAAGCAUUCUACUCAGGAAAAAGCAUCUUGUAAUAUAUGUUUUCAAUGUAUAUUUGUCUUCAUACAGAAAGUUCUUAAUUGAUUUUACAAAGUCAGUGUAUGCUUGAUGUUUUAAACUUGUAACAGUCUUAGGUUUUGAAAAGACAAACCGUAUUCUAUUAUACUGUUAUUGUGUGAUGUCUCACAGAUGGGUAUCAGCAAGAUGGGACAUUUAAUAUAUUUUUACUCCUUGAAGCAUUAGGAUAGAGUUUUUAUCUUACAGCAAAAGGGAGGGGAGUGGGUGGACACGUGGGGUGGCAGUAAAGAACUGUAUCAACUACAGGAAGGGGAAAAACCAUAAAUAUUCAGAAUAGAUGACCUCUCCAUUAUGGUAAUAGACGACUUCUGUAAUGUCCCCUUUUGUCUAGAUUUGCUGCUGUGUGAAUCCAUUAAACUUAUAGUAUCAUAAUGUACACCAGUUUUCUUUAAAGGCUUCUCCUUUAGAAUAUUAAAUAUUCUACCAUUGAAGAGCUUGGAUGUGUAAUAAUUUUGUGAUGGAAAUAUUCUAAGCACAAAAUAAACUUUUCUAAGCACUUCACUGAA